UGUCUGUAUUUGACAUUAAAUGACAUACAAACUUGUAGAUAAUCCGAAUUAAGCAAUAAUAUGUAUUGUCCUCACGGAAAUUUCCGAAGAAAUGGGUCCUUUCGGCAAGUUGUGGUGUAUUCCAUACCUUCUGGAAUUCGUUUUUAUAAUAUAUAGUAUCACCUGUGAAGCAGUGUCGUGAAACAUUUUAUAAAAGUUAAUAAUGGCAGACAACGAGAAAAUUUUUACUUGCCCAUCAACUGGUUGCAAUAUGAGUUUUUCAAACGAGGAUAAUUUGUUGGUACAUAAAAGGAAGCACGAUAUGAUACUGAAUCUUGGAAAUAGCUCCAAGAAUGGAGGUUUUGUUGCGGACCAAACACCCACACCGACACGUUUCAUUAGAAACUGCGAAGAAGUUGGUCUAUUUCAAGAUUUACAGAAUGUAAAUCCUUUCGAAGAAACCUUUAGGAGAGCAGUGGAAUCUGGGAAUACUGGUACACUUACAGUACCUGAGGCUGGAAUUACAGAUGAUACUCUGCAUACACCGCAUAUAUUUCCUCACAUUGCCGAUGUACUGUCUACUAGUAGUCAAAUACUGUCAGAAAAUUCAGUACAAGAGUGCGAAAAUAUUUCAAUAACCGAAAAGGAUACAGUGGUAGAAAAGACGACCAUUGGUACCGAAGUUUGUACUACCGUUAAACUUACCGGGACUGACGAGCAAGAUUUAAUGAAAGAAAAAUUAACCGUGGAACGAAACGUAACAUUAACAGAGAAUAUUAUCGAUCAAGUUACGCACACGCCUAUAAUACCGAAAGUUCUUCAAGAACAAGCCAAUCCCCACUUAUCGAUUAAUGGCGAGGAGGUACAACUGUUGUUAAAAACGGCCGAUGGAAAAUUAAUGCAAUUGUCGGCGAUUCCAGUAUGCGAUUCUAUUAACACGACAAAUGUACAAUCGUUGAAGCAACAAACGGUUGUUAUAAAAACGGAACCUCUUUUGCAAUGUAAUGCUAGAUUGGACUGCAGAAAACCUACCAUUUCUACGCUGUCUCUAGCAAAAAUGAAAUUAAAACAAACUCUGACGAAAAGUACUGGUUCGCAAAAUCAAAAACCUAAUAGCAAUUUUGGCAAGGAUGAUUUGAAUAAUAUGAAAAAAGGAAAUAGAAGUAAAACGUUAGAGGAUCAAUUAAAAAAGAAAGAAAUUCUUGAACGUAAUCGAGCUAGCUCAAUGAGAGCAAGAGCGAAAAGGAAAGCGUGGAUACAGCAACUCGAGAGAACUGUCGCUAAUGUCAACGAGACUAACGUGGCUCUGCAAAUGGAAAUUAAGGUUCUACGAACAGAAGUGGCUAAAUUAAAAACACUUUUAUUAGCUCAUAAGGAUUGUCCCGUAACGAAAGCAAUGCAAAAAGGAAAUGGUAUAGUACUUGGUCCAAAAAUAAUAUCCGUCAAUUCAGACGCGAUAACCAGUCCAAUUCCAGUGACACCUGCGAUAAAAAGGACGACUUUCUCUCCUACGGAGGUGCCUAUCAUGCCGAAGAAAAAAUUGUCUUUAACACCCACGAAAAACCCUGUAAUUUUUCCGAAAGUAGAUUGCAAUACAAAUCUAUCGAUUCCAAACGGCACGUUAAUUAAAACGGUACCCACCUUAAAGAUAAUGAGCGUUGGACAAUUGUUGACGGAGAAGGAAGAAACGAAGCAAAUUUUUAUCGUACAAAAUCCAGCGAAGAAAGCGGAGAACUCUACUAGGCAAAUAAUUCAAAUAAAUCCUAAUUACGAGAUUGAUCAGAACGCGUCGAAAGCUAACGAAACGUGAACGUAACUUUAUCGGAAGUACCGAAAUUUUGCUCAAAUACACGAAAGACAUACGCGCCGAACGCUGGCCGUGAUAUUUAUUUUUUCCAUUAACGAAACGUGUGGCAUAGCACACAGCUUCGUUACCUAGAGAUAUACAAAGUCAAUUCUCGUUUGUUUCCUCAGGAGAAUUAUAUAAUUAACGAUGGCACGUAGUGGCAAUGAGGUAGACAGAGGAUGGUAAUCUCUUUCUCGGCUUAUUCCUAUCUCUUACAAUUAACAACUAAUGGGAGACUAAACGACGCGAGGGACAAAUCCUCCCCUCCUUCAGUGAA